CUGCCAGGAACCUGGUACAUUGAACUCGAAAACGUGAUUCUGGGGCAGUGUGGGAUAUCUGAGGGGUGGAGCCUCGUUGUAAAUAUAAGGCCCCCGGUCACUUCCUUUGUUUCUGCUGAGCUUGCACCACACUGCAUCUGCCCAACAUGCCACCUUACACCAUCAUCUAUUUCCCCUCCCGAGGGCGCUGUGAGGUUAUGCGCAUGCUGCUAGCCGACCAGGGCCAGAGUUGGAAGGAGGAGGUGGUGACCUUGGAUGUUUGGGAGCAAGGCACAUUCAAGGCUUCCUGUCUGUUUGGGCAGAUCCCCAAGUUCCAGGAUGGAAAGCUCACUCUGUACCAAUCGAAUGCCAUCCUACGGCACCUGGGCCGCUCCUUCGGGCUCUACGGCAAAGACCAGCAAGAGGCAGCACUGGUGGACAUGGUGAACGACGGACUGGAAGACGUGUUCAGGCGCAUUGCACGGCACUAUCUCCAUAUCUGUAUCUCCUUCGCCGACUACCGCCUGCUGGAUUUGCUUCUGAACCUAGAGCUCCUGUUCCCUGGUUACUUGAAAGACUUCCCCCUGCUCUCUGCCUAUGUAGCGCGUCUCAAAGCCCGACCCAAGCUCAAGGCCUUCCUGGAAUCUCCUGAGCAUGUGAACCGUCUCCUUGCUGCUUGCAUAAAGAUGUGAGCCCACCUGCCUCCCCCAGCCCACAGCCCAGACCAAUAAAAAAGAUGGCAGGAGCCA